AGACACGAUAGUUUAAAAUCUUUUUAACGCAUUUUUAGCCGCGCCAUCCACCGUGUUUAAGCGACAUUCUGACGAACGUGUCGAAAAGCCAACAGAAAAAGCCAAUAGAUCAGAUGUGUGAUCUAAAAGAGGAGUGGAUUUAGUAAUCUGUUAAUUGGAUUACUCGUCCUUUCCUGAUUUCCCCAUGAUUGCCUUUAUGCACAGCUAAAGUUCACAGCGCCUUGACGAACAAAGUCAAAAGUUAAUUAUGAUUUGAGACUUCAGGAGUUUCAGCAGGAUUUUAAGAAAUUUCUUCUCGAGAUGUCUAUCUUUUUCUUGUACUCUAUUCUUGCCUUUAUCUUUGGUAUAAGUCUAGGCAAUGUGAAUUUAAAUGAGAAGAUUUACUCAGACAACAUCACUCGCAUUCUGGAUCGACUUUUGGAUGGUUAUGACAACAGACUGCGACCUGGAUCUGGAGGUGGCGUUACUGAGGUGAAAACAGACAUCUUUGUCACAAGUUUUGGACCUGUGUCAGAUGUUAAGAUGGAAUACACCACAGAUAUGUUCUUUCGACAGAUGUGGGUUGACGAGAGGCUCAAAUUCGAAGGUCACAUUGAAAUCCUGCGGUUGAACAACCUCAUGGUAGACAAGAUCUGGACACCAGACACCUUCUUCCGAAAUUCCAAAAAAUCAAUUUCCCACAACAUGACCACACCGAACAAGCUUUUUCGCAUUAUGCAAAACGGGACUGUGCUUUAUACAAUGAGACUGACAAUAAGUUCAGAGUGUCCAAUGAAUCUUAUGGACUUCCCCAUGGAUGGUCACACUUGUCCUCUUAGAUUUGGAAGCUAUGCCUACACCAGCAGCGAAAUAGUUUUCACUUGGAGGAAGGGGCCUGUAAAGUCUGUCGACUGUCCCAAAGAGUCCAUGAGCCUUUUGCAAUACGAUCUGGUGGGACAGACGUUGUCCAGUGAGAUUUUCAAAUCCAACACAGGUCACUACUCUGUGCAGGUGGUCCAUUUCCACCUCCAGAGGAAGCUGGGAUACUACCUCAUCCAAACAUACAUUCCACUUAUCAUGGUUGUCGUGCUGUCACAAGUCUCUUUCUGGAUCAAUAAGGAGUCUGUCCCGGCUCGUACAGUCGCCGGCAUCACCACAGUGCUAACGAUGACCACGCUGAGCAUCAGCGCCCGCCAGUCGCUCCCCAAAGUGGCCUACGCCACAGCCAUGGAUUGGUUCAUCGCCGUGUGUUUUGCCUUUGUGGCGUCUGCCCUUGUCGAGUUUGCGGCAGUCAACUACUUUGCCACGCUGCAGGCCAAUCGUCUGAAGAGGACAAAAGCCCGACAAGACAAGCUUGAGGUUUUAGCUACAGCAAGCGAUGAUGAAGAUAUGGUUUCGGAGUGCAACACAAGCGCUCAAGAAGGCCUGAAGAGGAGAAACCACUCGAUGUGCCCCAGUGAACCAGCCGAGGAACCCCCCGUGCCGAUAUUCCUUCAGCAGGGCUCGGCUUUCCCCCAAAUACCGCAGCUGGCCGGCACUAGCCCCAUCGACAAGUAUGCCCGCAUUCUUUUCCCCUUGACCUUUGGCCUCUUCAACCUGGUCUACUGGUACAUCUACCUGGCUAAGGACACCAUGGAGAGAGCCAGGGAUGUGGAUCCAACCUCUUAAAAGCAAGAGGACCAGGAAAAGGGGAAAAGGGCACGUGCAGACCGUGAGACCACCCCUCUGCUCGCCCUCCUUCUCUCUCCUUCUCUCUCUCUUUCUCUCUCUCUCUCUCUCUCUCUCUCUUUCUCUCUGUGAAGCUCUGAGAAUUUGUUCUGCUCUCAUCUGACAGAGGAAAUUAAUCAGAAACUCAUUUAUUCUGCUGCCGCACAUCUAUUCAUAACACAGGCUGUGACCGCUGCCCACUUGUGUUCUGAUCAGUCGGCUGAGGAGCUGCCCUUCACGGGUCUCCAUCACUAUCAAGCCCGCCGACAGGUCAUACCCGAUGACGAGAGGCGAUAACGGCACGCGCGGCGCCCCGAGAAGUGCUCAAGUCUCAUGAAAAAGACAACGGAUGAUAUCCUCGAUAAUGGCUGCACCUGCUGGUGAUGCAAGAAUGAACCAAUGCUUUCAAAGUCUGCCCUCUACAGAGCCACAGCCUCCAUUGCAAGCACAUCAAAGUCAACUUCCCCCUUCAAAUGUGCUCAAAGCUGAGAGAAUGAAUGGUGAGGGUGGGCUUUGCCACCCAUCGCUGUCCACGCAUGUCUCUGUGGGGGUCCUUUUUUUCUCAUCUGGGGGUUGAUUCUGAGAAUAUCGCAUGAGGCAGUCACAAUUCUUUUUCAUUUUCUCAUCAGAAAUGCAACAGUAAAUUAACCAAAGUAGAGCAAGUAUAUACCUUUGUCACACUGCUGGGUUUGAAGUAGCCCAAAUUGGAUGAAAUGGCUCACUCAUUGCUGGUCCAAAAGGGACGGAGCCAGUGCUGGGUUAUUUAUACCUUGCACAUUGAGUUGAGGAUUUGACCCAAAAUGUUGGCUCGAGAGUUUUUAAUUGAACAAACUACACCCUAAAAAAAGUUGGCUCAAAAAGAACCCAGUUGGUUCAACACACCGAUUGCCCACCUGCGUCAAUGUGACGUAACUUUCUGGGUUACCGCAAAAUUUGGGUCAUUUUAUAUCAAAAACAUUUCAGAGAUUGGGUCAUUUUUGAUGAAACGAGUUUUAUCCAGGAUGGCCCAUGUUUUUGUGUUGUUGAUUUAAAAAAUAAAUACAUAAAUAAAUAAUAACAACACAGAAAAUAGUCGAUGGGUCCAUUUUUAGCCCAGUUGUUUUAGAGCCUAGUCAUACUGAUGAGCCACCAAGAAAUUGGUUGCCUGUGUAUCGUGGUGGUUAAAAAUAAUUCUAUUUUGGGAAGCAACAUUUUCUAAUAGUAUUGCAUUACAUUUACUUUAACUUUGAUCCGCUCAAAACUGUCCAAGAAGUCAACCAGCUUCAGUCCUCAAUCUGCCCAAAUCCAAUGUUCAACCCAAUGAUUUCAACACUGACAAUCAUGUCUCCUCACCAAAACCAGAUGUCUAUUAUUGGACAUCAAUUGACCUGUGAGAGGAAGCAUUGUGCCACCGCGCGUCCAGACAGAAAGUAGUCGUAGAGGAAGAAUAGAAGCUAGGCAAACAGUUAGCUUAUCAGGUAACGCCAUUGAUUUGCAAACUCUUAUUUUAAUUGAUUUGACAUGAUACACACACAACACUAUCAGUUGUCCCCCUCUUAUUUUUUUUCUUGUUGAAAGCAGUGCAAGUUUCAUUUUGCUUCUAUUGGGUCAAAUUCUGAAGACUGGCAUGGCCACUUAAUGGCUUUAGCUUGUGCAUGAAACACUUAUUUAUUCCCACAACCAGAAGUUUCAUCCUGACUGAUCUUCUCACGGUUUGCUAUUGACAAAUUCUCCACAAAUCUGCAGAGAGUAUUUCCGGGCUCUUUCGAUAAUGCAAAGAUGCAACAAGACGCAGCUAAAGCCCUUGCUAAGAGGAAAAUAGGAAUUGGUUUCACAAAUUCAUACUUCCUGGGAAGUAUCUUGACGGUUUUAAGAUCUUUGCAUUCGAGGUGGAGCUAAGUCAGCUGGGGGCAUUUGCAGAAGUUAGAGUCUUCGCCACAUGUAUGUUUUUGCUCUGCUGAGUGGCUAUUAAAAAAGAAAUGCAGAGAAAUGAUGGAGAGUUCAUGAUUGCUUGUGAAAUUAUUACCCUUUGUGUCUUGACUGGGUGUUUCUCGUUGUCUCGUCACUUUGCUUGUAUUUAGUUCUGGCAGUCUUUGUUGGGUCAUUGUGAGUAUGAGUGUAUGUAUGCGCCUGUCAUAUUUUGUUUUCUGUCACAGUUUUUUUUGUUUUUUGUGACUUUGCUUCCUUGUGAUUUCCAGGACUUGGUUCGAGCACUUCAGUUGUUUAUC